ACCAGUUACAUCGAUGUAUCGAUAGUUUUUAGACUGGCCAAUGUUUAUUGUUAUAAAAUAAAUGUUAAAAAUAAACAAUUAAUCACUUAGUAUAAACAAAAACUAGUGCAAGCAGCAAGUGCGUUGUUAAAACGACCCCCGCCCUUCGAAUUUUCUUAUUGCGGGCAUUAAAACGCAACAACAACAACGCCACCAGCAGCAGCAACAACAAUAAGCAGGAGAUUCAGAUUCGCAACGCAAUCAAAACGAAAAAAAAACGAAAAAUAAAAAACUACAAGGCGAAACGCAUAAAUAAAUAGGGAAGCAAAUAAUAGUAAUAAUAAGACUAAAAGCAAGUGGAAAAGUACGAAAGCGAAAAGAGAAAACAUAUGUACGUCGCGUGAGAGUGACGUGUGUGUGUGUGUGUCAGUGAGCGAAGGAGAGCUCGGUAGAGAGGGGAGGCGAGCAAAAACAAAAACAACAUCACAGCAUAAGCGAGACCUUGAAAACUUUAAAAGCAGCAAAAAAAACAACACAACAGCCAAAAAUAAGAAACUAAAAGCUGCAAAAGUAAUAAAAAAUAUAUUUUAGCCGAAAAAUUUCCAUAAUAACAAUUCUAGAAGUGCGGAGCGUACACUCUGUUAUGGAGAGUGACGAUUUUCAUUUACCGCAAGGCGCCAAUUAAAGGGGAAAAUCCAUAAAUCGAGGAUUACAAGUGAAAAACAAGGAGGCAGUAACUCCAGAAAACGCCCGAAAAGUCCAAAAUGGCAGCAGCAGAGACGGGCAACACGGGCUCCACAGGAUCCGCUGGCUCGACAGGAUCGGGAUCGGGAUCGGGAAGUGGGAGCUCCUCAGAUCCAGCAAACGGACGGGAGGCCCGUAAUCUUGCCGAGAAACAGCGACGGGAUAAGCUUAAUGCCAGCAUCCAGGAGCUGGCCACCAUGGUACCACAUGCAGCCGAAUCCUCCCGUCGCCUGGACAAAACCGCCGUCCUCAGAUUCGCCACCCAUGGCCUGCGACUUCAGUAUGUCUUUGGCAAAUCCGCUUCCAGACGUCGCAAGAAACCCGGUCUCAAGGGAACGGGCAUUUCUGCCUCACCUGUCGGAGAUCUACCCAAUCCCAGUCUGCAUUUAACGGACACUCUAAUGCAACUGCUGGACUGCUGUUUCCUCACCCUAACCUGCAGUGGCCAAAUCGUUUUGGUAUCCACCAGCGUGGAGCAGCUAUUGGGCCACUGUCAGUCCGAUUUGUAUGGCCAGAAUCUGCUGCAGAUCACGCAUCCCGACGAUCAGGACCUGUUGAGGCAGCAGUUAAUACCUAGGGAUAUAGAGACCCUGUUCUAUCAGCAUCAGCACCACCAGCAGCAGGGUCACAAUCCCCAGCAGCACUCCACUUCCACGUCGGCCUCAGCCUCGGGCAGUGAUCUGGAGGAGGAGGAAAUGGAGACGGAGGAACACCGUCUGGGGCGGCAGCAGGGAGAGGCGGACGAAGACGAGGAUCACCCGUACAACCGACGAACACCCAGCCCGCGGAGAAUGGCCCAUCUGGCGGCCAUUGAUGAACGACUACGCAUGGAUCGCCGCUGCUUUACAGUCCGCUUGGCCAGGGCUUCCACGCGAGCGGAGGCCACGCGUCAUUACGAGCGGGUGAAGAUCGAUGGCUGCUUUCGUCGCAGUGACUCCUCCUUGACCGGAGGUGCCGCUGCCAACUAUCCCAUUGUCUCCCAGCUGAUACGACGCUCGAGAAACAAUAAUAUGCUGGCUGCUGCUGCAGCGGUGGCAGCAGAAGCGGCGACGGUCCCGCCCCAGCACGAUGCAAUUGCCCAGGCGGCGCUGCACGGGAUCAGCGGCAAUGAUAUUGUCCUGGUGGCCAUGGCCAGGGUGCUGCGAGAGGAACGGCCGCCUGAGGAGACGGAGGGUACUGUGGGCUUGACCAUAUAUAGGCAGCCAGAACCCUAUCAGUUGGAGUACCAUACGAGGCAUCUAAUCGACGGCAGCAUCAUCGACUGUGAUCAAAGGAUUGGUCUGGUGGCGGGAUAUAUGAAGGAUGAGGUGCGCAACCUUAGUCCCUUCUGUUUCAUGCACCUGGACGACGUUCGCUGGGUGAUUGUGGCCCUUCGACAAAUGUACGAUUGCAACAGUGACUAUGGCGAGAGCUGCUACCGUCUGCUGUCCCGCAACGGGCGCUUCAUUUACCUGCACACCAAGGGCUUUCUGGAGGUCGACCGUGGCAGUAAUAAGGUGCAUUCCUUUCUGUGCGUCAACACGCUGCUCGAUGAGGAGGAGGGCCGGCAAAAGGUGCAGGAGAUGAAGGAGAAAUUCUCGACAAUCAUCAAGGCGGAGAUGCCCACGCAGAGCAGCAGUCCCGAUUUGCCCGCCUCGCAGGCGCCGCAGCAGCUGGAGCGGAUUGUCCUCUAUCUAAUAGAGAACCUACAGAAGAGUGUGGAUUCAGCAGAGACGGUUGGCGGCCAGGGCAUGGAAAGUCUAAUGGACGAUGGCUACAGUUCGCCAGCAAAUACAUUAACCCUCGAGGAGCUAGCUCCCUCGCCCACGCCCGCCUUGGCCUUGGUGCCGCCGGCUCCCUCAUCGGUCAAGAGCUCCAUCUCGAAGUCGGUGAGUGUGGUCAAUGUGACGGCGGCCAGAAAGUUUCAGCAGGAGCAUCAGAAGCAGCGUGAACGAGACCGUGAGCAGCUUAAGGAGCGCACCAACGCUACACAGGGCGUGAUCCGGCAACUGAGCAGCUGUCUCAGCGAGGCGGAAACGGCAUCCUGUACCCUAUCACCAGCCAGUAGCUUGAGUGCCGGCGAGGCACCGGACACGCCCGAUCCGCACAGCAACACAUCACCGCCACCGUCGCUCCACACACGACCCAGUGUCCUGCAUCGAACCCUGACCAGCACGCUGCGAUGACGGGCUGAUGGAACCUGGUUUGCCUUCUAAUUGGGUGUGGAAAUGGACGUCAUUGGUAGCUCACAUGCCCACAUACGACUUAGUAUCGGUAAUAUAAUCCUGGCCAAUCGCAAAGUCAAAACCCAAAAUGUAUCAGGAAGAUUAAUCAGAUAAUUUGAAAAUGCAGCCAAAAAACUGAAUGUGUUUUUGACAAAAAGAACGUGGGUUGAAGAACCUUUUGUUUUCGUAUUCACAUUUCCAAGCUUUGGGCAAUCAAACAAUUUUAAGUUUCAGUAUACAUAUGUAUAAUGAGUUGGCUUACAAAAGCAAUUAACAAAUCAAGCAAUUGUGUAAUUUAAUAUGGGACUUUCCGCGAUUUUUGCUUUCUACGUACUUGUCAACUUGUUCCAAACGCAUUCUUCAUUAUACAGCAAACUGAUUCAUAAGGUUUGCGUGUUGUAAACGAAAUUAACGCGGUUUCAUUUGAGUUUAAACAUAACCAAAUGGAUAUGUGAUGAAUAUGCAAUAUAAGCUCGCAUUUAUUUUGAUAUUAUGACAGUAAUAAUGAUCUGAUCACGAUAAUCGGUUUUCCCAAAACAUAAGCGAUACAUUUUGGGUACAUUUGGCCAUAACUGUUUCUGUGUGUGAUUUCGGUAUAAAGAAGUAGUUUGAUUACAUGUUAUAUUGAAUGGCGAUCGGUGGGUGCUGCUAAAUGCGUUCCAUUAUCAAUAAUCUUCGUUAUGUAAUUACGUUUAAUUUGUAAAUAUGUAUGAGUGGUGAGCGUGAGUGAGUGGUGUGUGUGUGUGAGCGUGUGAGCAUGGGUGUGAAUGAACAUUAGAUCAGUGCUCGGAUUUGGUUUUAGUUGAAAUUUAAGCCCCAUUUCCCCGAUUUCCCAGUUAUCACCUUCCGCCCCAAAACACCAGUGUAAAAAGAGUACAAAAAAAAAAAAAGAAAAUAGAAAAACAAACAAACAAUUAUAUAUUUAUUUCGCCCUAAGUCUAGAACGUGCUAAACACAACUCAUUAAUAGUUAAACAAACGGAUGUUGCAAUCGAUGGAAAUUAAACGCUUGCUUUUAGAUUUGCCGUCUCACUCGAAGAAAGAGAGAGGACUACAUAUGUACAGUCAAACUUUCCAAGUCAAACUCUUCAGUUUUUGAAUUGGAGAUUUAAUUAACUUGUCAGUGAACAAUGUUUUUAUUUUAUGAAGAAGAGCAUAUUAUUUUUAUAUAUAUAUAUUUAUAUCACAAAUCUUCUUCGAUAUCCCUUUGUAAUCUAUAAAAACACUUCCAAGCGCAGCUUUAUUUUUCAACAGUUUUAGUUUUGGGAACAUUACAAAGAAUAUAGAGAACGAUAUUAGAAACUAGGAAAGCCAAAAUGUGUAUUUUAAAAUAUGCUUACAGCUAACUUCCCCAUACUCCAUACCCUUAUAAACGUUGUAGUUUGUUAUAAAUUUGUUCAAAAAAAAAAAAAAACCUAAAAUCCAAUCCGCUAAAUACAAUAUAAUCAUUGAAAUUGUUCUAAGUUACACUUCUAUAAUGUCUACCGGACAAAAUAUGAUUAAGUUUAAAUUCCAAAGUGUUGUUGAGGUUCGUACUAGCGAAGUUUGGCUGUAGUUCAAUACUCACAGAGAGGGAGCGAGACAUCUUCCCAUCUCGCUCCGACCUGUUAUCAAAGCCUUUGCCAUUGUCCUUGGCGUUGCGUUCUUAUCACCGGCGUAUCGGAGGGAAUAUAUGAUUUUUUUCAGCAAGUGGUUUUAGUGGUAAAUAUGAGGCGGUGGGUGGUUUCGGGGGGUUGGGGCCAUGGCGGUUGGUGAUGGGCGUAGAGAUGUGGUGAGGGUGGGGGUUUGGUUUAACACGUUUCGUUAUUUUUUGUUUUAUAGCGAAAUUCCUGUAGCUAUAAAUGUAUGCAUACAUAUAUGCUAUUAACUUUUCGUUUAGCUCAAUUUUCUGUUUGUAUUUUUAAUUAUAACUCGGUUUGUCUAGUGUGUAAUUUAAUUAAAAGUCCAAUGCUAAUUCCCCAGCGAAUCGUUCAGUGUUUGUUCAAACGAGUUGUGCUCUUUAAACACUUUUGGCUUAUCAUUUAAUUUUUGUUUGUUUUCCUUGCGUUGUUAUAUAUCCAAAUAAAAAUUAAAGUUUGAAUUGUUUUUUUUUUUUUAGCAAUUUAGUUUUAAGUGUAAUGUCAAAUGUCAAGAGGUAUACUCUGUAUAAGAAUAAUAAUGUGUAAUGUAAUUUUUAGAACUUGCUAAUCUCUAGCAAUUAAAACAUAGCCUGUAAUUAACAAUAAUUAAUUAUAAUAACCAGUAACAGUUCAUGCAAAUGAAACCUUAAUAAAUAAUAAAUUAUAUAAAAGAAAA